GCCCUUAUCGCUGCGGCCGACGCGCUAACGCUGUCCGAGACGCGCACAGGGGUGCGCCUGAAUGGCUCUUCAAGAGUGCUAGGUGUGACUCGGCUGUGGACGCGCUCUCUUGCAAUCUUGGAAUGCAGUGACAACAUUGACGUGUAGUGAAAAAAUCCUUCAACAAGUGGACUGUACGCGGGCGUUCUCGUUUGCGGGCCACUCGGGACACCACCUCUUCCCUGUCGGGUCUGCGCCCACAACCUCCCGAACAAGCCUCGGCUACCGAAACCCGUGUUCGCCGUAUUCAGAAACCUGGAAAUUUCGGCACUCGUUGCCGCUUGGUCAGUGGGGGCACUCGUGAAGACGUCUGUGCUGAGGUCGUCGUGUUGUGUUACAAGACUACGCGCUACGCGGUUACAAGACUACGCGCUUACAAGACUACGCGCUAAUCAACGAGCACAACUGCGCUGGAAUGGAUAACUUAACAAGGAUUGAAGAAGAAAGACGCAAGGGUAACAGCCCUUACAAGGCUGCCGCCACCAUUGCUGCUGUGGUGGCAAUUUGCGAGUUCAUUGAAGUGUGGAGUUUUGGAUGGACGCUGCUGACAUUCUUGGUUCCAGAAUCGUUGGGCAACCUCCACAACACCACCCUCAGUGGGGAAUUCGAAGGCAUUAGCCUGCGCUACGAGUACACUUUCUGCGUGGUUGCACUGUUGGUUUUCCAGCUGCUUUAUUUAUUCACUGCAGCAGCUCUGGUGUGGUCGAAUGAGAACAACAAGGCCACGGCAUUUCCACUAUUUGUUUUUACAUCCGUCAUCAGCCUUCUUCUGAGCGUAUCCAUAACAAUAUACUUCUGCGCGAGCUCCGAGAUGAUAUUCACGUACUUCUUCGAACCGGAAAACGAGAAAGCAUUGGCUCACUUCCUCAUCUUCCUCUACUUCUCCCGCUACUUCUUCCUUGGCUGGAUUGUCAAGUUCGCCAUCGUGAUGUGCGUGCACAAAAGAAAGGAGGAAAUUGACAACGAGAAGGAGAGCAUCGAUAUCCAGACCGCUGUGGACAAGGCGUUCAAGAACGUAUUCGAUCCUGAACCGGAAGAGGCUCACGUGCGACCCGAGGUCAUCCCGGAAAGCGUGCGGCGGAUCCCUAGGGUGACGGCCGCCGUCCCCACAACACGAAAGGAACCGGAUGACGUGGCGCUGCGGAACCAGCCGUCCAAUGGAUACCUGAACCGUGCCUACGAGAGGGACGCCGAAGAAAGGUCCACGAGACAGGACGCGCGGAGUAACCAGGCAACGUCGAGGGAGCCUAGAUAUCCGAGGGAACAUUGCGAGCCACGGGCUACAGCGCCGAGGGCAGAAAACCGUGAGCCACAAUUACAGCCAAGAGAACAGCGCUGCAGGGACGACGGAUGGAAGGAAGACAAUGAAUUUCUGCAGGCUCGUGAUCGCCGCGGCGCGCCUCGUGACAGUCGCGGCGAUUACCCCAUGCAGGAGUACUCCCGCAGAGAGCGCCCCUCGGAGAACCUUUCCGGGAGACCUCAGACGCCCGCUGCCGAAGAGAGCAACAGAGAGUCUCGCUUCCAGAUGCACGGACCGGGUUCCAGGCCUCCCUCUGCACCAGAAGACGUCCGCAGACCUGCUCAAGAUUACGAACCCAGAUCCCGCAGCCCGCCCUACGGGCAGUACGACAAGCGGCACGAGUAUUACCCCAGGGCGGAGGAGGAGGAGCAACGCAGGGCAGCGCGCGAUGAGCCCAGGAGGCGCCAGGUCGGUGAGAUCAGGCGGGGAGACGGUGGCGCACAGAUGGUACGUCAGGACGAGUCCAGGAAGGCCGACAAGCCGAGGCGGUCCGAGUACGACGACGCGAGGCAGAGAGCCAACAGGCAGCCGUCACCGACGGACCACGGUCGCUGGGAUGGAGAUUACGAAGGACGCGGUCGGCCACAGCAAGCGAAUGAUUCUCGUCGGCCGCUGAGACGGGAGCCCGAGCACGACGACUACGGUCAGAGGGAGGCGCGUCCUCAGCAACGGACGCCGACGGGUAGUCCCUGGUCUUCGUACGAGGAUUACGACGCGAAAAGAAGCAGAGCCGACCCAAGGCGCCCGGCCGAGGACUACGGCCGCGAACGGUCCCCGACGCCGCCUCAGCCGCUAGACGCGUCCCGUUACCUUCGCCCCGAAGACGGAGAGUUGCGAGUCAAGAAGCGGCCCGCGUCGGCCCACUACAGCCGCGACAGCGGCCACUUCGACUACGGUCCGGGCCCGCUGGGCUACAACGUGCCGUCACCGCACUCGCGACCCCGCAGCAUGAUGAUGAUGGGCGAGGACGACGAGGACGACGUUCGUCCCGGCGGCGGCUCCACGAGCCUGAAGCGCGAGGAGAGCUUCGUCCAGAAGAUCCUGCCCCGCUACGAGUCCACCACCGGAGGUGCACUGCGCACCGGGCCGGCGCCCGUUGGAGGCGUGCCGGCAGUCGGGCCAGCCAGCUUGCGCAGAGGUCAGCCGCGGCUUCAGUGACCAUCGUUGGAUGUCGAAGCACCCUUCUUUCUUUCUCCAAGAGGCCACUAGUAAGAAACACCUAAGCCGACUACUGCGACAAUGUUCUGACGACGUGGGCUUUCGGACCGAAUGAGUUUGUUUCCUAUAAUUUUCCUUGCACGCUCGCCCAUCUAACGAAUAAAACAAUAGUAGCAUCUUUACAGUCGCCUUCAAGAAGACUCCUUGAUAUCAUGUACACGGGUCGCAAUUUUAAAGAGUCUAGACUGUUAUCGAACAUUUUUCUACUACGUUUUUCAGGAACCAAAGAGUGCAAAAUAGUGCACUGGAUCAGUAAUCAACUUAUAUGACCGUUAACUUAUGUACAGUAAUUAUAUAUCUCACGUUUGCAGGACGUUGAACUCCAUGCAUGCGUUGCAAGCUAACUCGAAGUAACAAUAAGUGGCCUUCGUUCCCGGUGCCCAUUUAUGCGAGUACACGAUACAUGCACAGAGAACUCGCG